CAUGAAGUUAGUAAUUUAACACUUGGCCAGUUUGUAGUAUUUGAUCUAUUCGAUCGGGCUCAAUCCAAACGUUUAUGCAGGUUCUUCAUAGAUGACCUCCCCGUGUAUUUUCCCUAUGAUAAGAUCUACCCUGAGCAAUAUUCGUAUAUGUGCGACUUAAAGAAGGCUCUCGAUGCUCAGGGUCAUUGUUUGUUAGAAAUGCCUUCGGGGACAGGGAAGACUGUAUCCCUUCUCUCACUCAUCGUAGCUUAUAUGAUGCAUUAUGCUGAAAAGAGAAAGCUUGUCUAUUGCUCUCGAACGGUACCAGAGAUUGAAAAAGCGUUAGCAGAGUUACAGAAUCUAAUGCAGUAUCGGGAAAGCUGCGGAGUAAAAGAAAAAUUUUUGGGCAUCGGAUUGACAUCCAGAAAAAAUCUAUGUCUACAUCCCAGAGUGAGUAAGGAAAAGAAGGGAAGAUCAGUAGAUGCCAAGUGCAAGGGUUUGACUGCAUCAUGGAUAAGAGAGAAAGCAAACACUGCAGACAUUGAGUUGUGCGGUUUUUAUGAGGAACUUCAACAAGCUGAUCAACAAAACCUAUUGCCUGACGGUGUAUACACUUUGGAAGAUCUGCGGGAUUACGGGAGAGAGCAAAAAUACUGUCCGUACUAUUUAGCUCGUUAUCUCAUACCCUUUACUGACGUUAUAAUAUACAGUUACCAUUACUUGCUCGAUCCAAAAGUUGCGGAAUUGAUAUCAAAAGAAUUAUCAAGAGACUGCAUCGUUGUAUUUGACGAGGCACACAACAUUGAUAACGUCUGCAUUGAGUCGCUGAGCAUUGACAUAACGAAACCGAAUCUGGAUGCUGGCGCGAGAAGUAUCACUCAACUAGCUAAUAGGAUUGAACAAAUAAAACAAACAGAUGCACGGAAACUGCAGGAGGAAUAUACGAGGCUUGUCGAAGGGUUACGGGAAGCAAAUCGAAAUCGUGAAGAGGAGGUUUUCAUGGCCAAUCCAGUGUUACCCGAUGAUUUACUCAAAGAAGCAGUUCCUGGAAACAUAAGACGUGCCGAGCAUUUU